AUGGGGGCGUCAUCCCCGCGCUGCCUGGCGGACCUGGCCCUGGGCCUCUGGAGCCGACACCUGGGCGACAAAGGGCGGGUGGAGGUGGGGGCGCAGCCUCACGUGCCUCUCCGGGACUGCUGCGGGGAGAAGCUGAGCCCUGGAAAGGCCUCGAACUUCCCUGGUCCACCUGGCCACACGGGAUACCCCCUCGAGGCCCAAGCCCUCGUUUUCAUCUCGAAAGGAGACCCACCCGAGAAGGGCCUUCUUCGAGAGCAUCGGCCUCGGGAGGGCACCACGGCCGGGGACAGGAGGGCCGUGGGCAGCCCGCUGGUCAUGGAUCCCACUAACAUCUGUCGGAAGGCCAGGCGGCUGGCGGGGCGGCAGGCCGAGUUGUGCCAGGAGGAGCCAGAAGUGGUGGCCGAGUUGGCCCGCGGAGCCCGGCUCGGGGUGCGAGAGUGUCAGUUCCAAUUCCGUUUCCGUCGCUGGAAUUGCUCCAGCCACAGCAAGGCCUUUGGGCGCAUACUGCAACAGGACAUUCGGGAAACGGCCUUCGUGUUUGCUAUUACGGCGGCGGGCGCCAGCCACGCGGUCACUCAGGCCUGCUCCCUGGGCGAACUGCUGCAGUGUGGCUGCCAGGCGCCCCGUGGGCGCGUCCCUCCUCGGCCCCCUGGCCUGCUGGGCACCCCUGGGCCUCCAGGCCCGGGGGGCUCCCCUGAAGGCAGCGCCGCCUGGGAAUGGGGAGGCUGCGGCGAUGACGUGGACUUUGGGGAUGAGAAAUCCAGGCUCUUCAUGGACGCGCAGCACAAGCGGGGACGCGGAGACAUCCGUGCGCUCGUGCAGCUGCACAACAACGAGGCGGGCCGGCUGGCCGUCCGGAGCCACACGCGCACCGAGUGCAAGUGCCACGGCCUGUCGGGCUCCUGCGCGCUGCGCACCUGCUGGCAGAAGCUGCCCCCGUUCCGCGAGGUGGGCGCGCGGCUGCUCGAGCGCUUCCACGGCGCCUCGCGCGUCAUGGGCACCAACGACGGCAAGGCCCUGCUGCCCGCCGUGCGCACGCUCAAGCCGCCCAGCCGCGCCGACCUCCUCUACGCCGCCGACUCGCCAGACUUCUGCGCUCCGAACCGGCGCACCGGCUCGCCUGGCACGCGCGGUCGCGCCUGCAACAGCAGCGCCCCGGACCUCAGCGGCUGCGACCUGCUGUGCUGCGGCCGCGGGCACCGCCAGGAGAGCGUGCAGCUCGAGGAGAACUGCCUGUGCCGCUUCCACUGGUGCUGCGUGGUGCAGUGCCACCGCUGCCGCGUGCGCAAAGAGCUCAGCUUGUGCCUCUGAGCCACCGCCGCACUCCCCAAACUCCGCCUCUCCCGCCGCUGGAGAGACCUCUGGGUUCCCACAGGGGACGCUUCCUGCGUCCGGCCUCUCGCCCGGCCCUUGUCCAUCUGCCAGGCCUCUGUAGAGACCCCAAGGCCAAAGCUUGGGAUGCCCUCCUCCAGCCAAGGCGCAGGGCGCUGGAGAGACGCUCGGGGGGCACUCUAUGGGCCCGGUCCCCCAGCCUUACCUCCCAGAUGUCAACAGAAAAGGCAACACUUUAGGCUUCCGGAUGCUGGGCUCCUCAGAACCGCGGGCACAGAAUGGGUGGGGGAGAUCAGUAUCAAUAAAAAUAUUUAAGGCGUUUCGUAA